UCUUAUCUCAACCACUCAGAGAUAACGGAAAUUUCGUGCUCUAUCAGUCGGUCGUGUAACUCUCCAGGUAUUGAAUAGUAUUUCUCCUCGCGGAAAGGAGUCAGUUAUCGAAUUGUAAAAAUGGCGAACUCCCAAGUGCCAGAAAAUUGUGACAUUGAGUAGUGGCGCGUGACUACUCAACUAGUGUAAAUACCAUUAUAAUGACCUAUCAACUAAUCCAUAAACCCAUAGUCUCCAAUUGGACGAUGUCUAGAUGUUCGAAAAUAGCUUUCACAUUUGUCGGACUUGUUAUCGUCAGUUUGUCGAUCGUCGGAAAAUCGAGAGACAGAAAAAUCAGGGAAAUUUACGCCUUACAAGACCGCAUAGCAGACAUUCUAGACCUGGAAUUGCAGUAUAUGGCCAGACAAGCGUUCACAGAAGGAGAUGAGUGGAUUCCCUUGGACAAUAUAAGCGGACAUAUUUACUCGGUUUAUCUGGACACCCGUCCCGAGGUCAUCGUCAAGUACUCGAACUCUGAAAAGAGCACGUGGGGAGAGUUAAUCGUAACAGCUUUACUGCCGACCAAAACUCAAAGCGAGGAUCUGACAUGCGUUCUUCAAUAUGAGGACAACGAACGAAAAAUUAUGUUGAGGAAGGUCCCAGCCCGGGUGAGGAUAUUGAACGAGCACUGGGACCUGGAGUACUCAGCAUUCCUCGUCGUCUGCGAUCUGACGUACCUCUGGGCACAUGAUUACGAGUUCUUCUAUAAUUUCAAACAGCUCCCGGAAGCUGUGGGGAUUGGAGGUGGUGGACAAUUCGUCGAUGUUCAUUACCCGAAGGAGGGGUUGAACCAGUUUUAUGGGGGAGGUAGCUCGAUUGCUGUGUGCGUGCCAGUUCUCCACCACAAUUUCGAUCGUCCCCUCGAAUUAAUCGAGUUUAUCGAGUACUACGAAAUGAUGGGGAUCGACCACUUCACCAUAUACAACUCAUCAGUCUCCCCGGAUGUAGACAAAGUCCUAGAGUACUACAAACUCAAGUUAACAGCGACAGUUCUCAACUGGACUUUACCAUCGAUCUACGUCUACGAGCAAACUCUCCGACAUCAGGGCCUCUUUGCAGCAUUGAACGACUGCCUCUACCGAAAUACUCAUCACCAUAGAUACAAGUACGUGGCAACAUUCGAUGUUGAUGAGUUUCUGGUACCCAGACGUCACGACAAUAUUCGAGAACUGAUGAACGAACUCGAUUCAUCGCCUGAUCAGAGCGAAUUCGCUGGAUUUAUAUUCAGGAAUGUGUAUUUUUAUACGAUGUACGAGGAUGAUGAGCGAGCCCGGGAAAAAGAGCCUUAUCUCUACACGAGAGCCAAAACAAAGCGUUUGAAAAAGCCCCACAAAGCUCGAGAGAGAAGUAGAUAUAUCGUCCGCGGUCGGGACACAGUGGAAAUAGGUAGCUACAAUGUCUGGGAGUUCCGAGCGGGCUCACUGAUGUCAUCACAAAGAGAGUUCAAAGAGCUCGUGGUGGACCCGGAAAUUGCUCUCCUGCACCAUUAUGCCCCGUGCGAGGCGGAGGAGACAGGAUGUUACUUGAAAGCCAUUGAGAUCGAUGAUACCGCGGUGAGAUUUUCUGAGGGACUUGGGAGGAGAGUUGGGAAAGUAUGCUCGGAGAUUUUCGGCAGGGGUGGGUGUCCACCACCGAAGAGAAGAACUAUCGGUUCUGAAUGAAGAGAUAACACGUACAUUCGUAUUGACAUGUACGCGGAUAAAGAAAAGAGUGAAGCAGACUCUUAAAUCACCGAUAUCUCCAGACUGAAUGAUCCGAUUUCGGUGGAUCUGGUCUCAUUUUCAAGCAUGAAAAAAUGCCUUCAAAAUGAAAAAAUAAUUGGCCACGUUCACUCUGCCGAUCUCGAGUUAUUGUAGAUUUAAAAAAAUCUACUUUGCGAAUUUUCCUUCGUGCCACAAUUAGGAAGAAUGAAUGUUAGAAGAAUUAAGCUAUAGUUAUUUUAACAAAAUUAAAACAAGUGGGAAG